CCUGGACAAAGCUGAUUCUACGGUGCACCUACAUCGACAACGAACCAAGUGGAAGCAGCCGAAUGUCAACGAAAACCCAGAGACGGAUCGUUCCUUAACCUGCAGCAUUUCAAACCUAAUCUUCAUUCUACAGCCAUGUCGCGAUCCGGCUCAGGAUACGACGCUGUCGUGGACGUCGACGACGAGGGCGAUCUCGGCCACACCGACCUCCAAGAUGACCUAGAGUUUCACAGCUCCAACUUCCAGGACUCAACGCCAGGGGCCCGCAAAGCACCGGCGUCCGGUUUGCCUCCGCCCGCGACGGCCUCGUCCGGAUCUUCAAAGCGCUUCCUCUGGAGCAUCAACUUCUACGCCCAGUAUUUUGACGUCGACACCUCGGCUGUCCUCUCGCGCUGCUGGGCUGCACUGUAUCCACGUGCCAAUUUUCUUGACGUCCUCGAGGGCAACCCGGACCUUUACGGACCCUUCUGGAUCGCUACGACCGUUGUCCUGAUCCUAUUCCUCGGCGGCACCAUCAGCCAAUAUCUCGCGAGCACCGGCACCGGGCCGUUUGCCUACGACUUCAAGCUCUUGAGUGGCGCUGCCGGCCUCAUCUACGGCUACACCCUCUUCGUCCCCGUCGCGCUCUAUCUUGCCCUGCGCUACUUCGGCUCUGACUCGGCCAACCUACUCGAGCAAUGGGCGCUCUACGGCUACGCCAACCUCAUCUGGAUCCCUGUCGCCCUUAUUAGCUGGUCACCCAUCAACAUCCUCAACUGGGUCUUUGUCGCCGUCGGCUGCGGUCUCUCCAUCGCAUUCCUCCUGCGCAACCUCUACCCUGUGCUCAGCGCCACCGACCACCAGACGAGCAAGAUCCUGCUCGUCGUCGUUGUCGCCCUCCACCUCGGCCUGUCGCUCGCCAUCAAGAUCCUGUUCUUCGCCCACAACAGUCCCGUUGCGAGCAAGGACCCGGCAGCGGCGCAACCGCCCGCCGCGGCGCCCCCGGCCGACGGCCAGCCUCCCAAGCCCGCAUUCUUCUGAUCCGUUUGUCAUACGCAAACUGAAGAUAAGAAAAGGACGGAAAGGACGAGGAAUACUCUGUAAAGCCGCUAGAGUUGCCAAGGAAGGAAGGGGAUCGUCGGGUUUGGACUUUGCAAUCGCAACUAUUGUGUUAUCUGCCAGAGCGGAAAAAUAUUCCCAUGUACCAAUACUGUACAACGAAUGUCAUGAUUGAAUGCGCACCCUGUCUAU